AGAUAUCUGUACCAUCAUAAAUCGUACCUUAUUUGCGCACCGGUUCGCUUUGGCUAUGAUAAAGAUGACUGAUCGCAAUUUGUUUUUUUUUUAUUUUCGCUACAGUCGGCGAUUGUUUGCGAUUUGUGAAAAAUAAUAGGUUGAUGGUAUGUGUGUUUGCCCGAAAGGCUGUCGUAGUUUGUCGUCUACAACAGAGAUAGUGAAAGCCCUGAUAUGAUUAAAUUGGGUACAUCGUCAUUAUUCACUUGAUACGAACUGCUGCUGCGAAAAUGGUGCUGACAGAGGCAACUUCUAGUACCUUCAACUAUUUUGCUUUUGGAAGCAAUCUCUUCUUGAAACGGAUUCGCAUGGAAAGCCCCAGUGCAGUGAGAAAAGGAAUAGGAUAUUUGGAGGAUUAUAGACUAGACUUUUUCCACUAUGCUGCACGAUGGCGAGGCGCGCCUGCGACAAUCGUUGAAGACAAAGGUCACCGAGUGUGGGGAGCAAUCUGGCAAAUCAAUAUAGAAAACCUUCCUGACCUGGACAAACAGGAAGGAGUUCACAAUCAGGUUUACAAGCCUCUUACUUUGCCUAUUCGUACCUCAUCUGGUGAAGUGCUCCAAUGUCGCAUAUAUCAACUCGUAAAAAAUCCACCAAAACUAGAAGGUACUGAAAGUGGUCGACCAUUUGAGCGGCAGCCGUCGAAAACGUAUAUGAAUAUCAUCGUUCGAGGAGCGAUAGAAUCUGGACUACCGUCGGAUUACGUGGAAAAGUUGAAAACAAUUAAGCACAAUGGACACUCUGGUGAUCCACACUUUGAAAUCGAUUUGGCUGUGCAGGAUAAAUUGCCUUAAAUAUUGAUGUUAUUCUAUAAUAUACUAGCUAAUUGAACGCGAAAUAAUUGUUUUCGACUACGCAUAGCGAUGGUCAAAUGAAAAAUAAAUCUCAUUAUUACUUUUCUAAUGAUUUUUUUAUAUCGCUUUAUCUUUAGGUCAGCAAAAAAAAAACCCUUUAGUUUGAGAAUUUUAUAAGGACUAUGACCAAAUAAAUUUGUAAAAUCCUCUAA